AUGCAGUCAUUCAAGCUAUUACCAUCUGGAGAAAGGCAGAGAAAUUUUGAAAGAUCAUAUGCGACAGAUACCGUAGAAUGCCAGAGAAGCAAAGAUGCCUCCGAAUUCAACAUUGAUAACUCUCCAACACAAAGCGAUGCUGGUCGCACUGGUGCGCGCUCAUCCAGGGACAGUCUAUCGAGCAUCGAGCGCAAGCGCCGCGCUAUGGCUCGUUUCGGCUUUGGUAUGUUUACGCUUGCACUCGGCGGAGGCGCCAUUUGGCUUGGCCGUGAAUGGGAAGAUGACGAACUUGUUGAGAAAAGAAUGACUCCAAAAACAGCACCUGCAACGCGUUGGGGUCGGACGACGGAGCGGUUCACAUCCAUGUUCGAUUACUUUUCAAAACCUGCAUGGCCUGAGCUCCUUCCGCCGCCUCUUCCUCCUCCGCAUCAGAAGCCAUAUACAUUGCUGCUGUCGCUUGAUGAUCUGCUCGUGACGAGUACAUGGGAUAGGCAGCAUGGUUGGCGGACGGCGAAGCGCCCAGGCGUGGACUACUUCAUCGCGUACCUCUCGCAAUUUUAUGAGGUCGUUGUGUUCACGACGCAGUACUACUACACCGCCUACCCGAUCCUCGACAAGCUCGACCCAUACACAUAUUUUAUUGCCUACCGACUCACACGAGAGGCAACACGUGCAUCCGAGAGCGGUCCCGUCAAGGACUUGACCUACCUCAACCGCUCUCUCGAGCGCGUCAUACUACUAGACACCCACCCUGAACAUGUAGCACAACCCGAAAACACGAUUCUCAUGAAGCCGUGGAAGGGUGAGCCGGGUGAUAAGGGAUUAGUGGAGAUGAUUCCAUUUUUGGAGUCAAUCGGGAUCUACAAUCCACCGGAUGUGCGGCCAAUGGUGAAGGCGUACGAGGGCAAGGAUAUCCCGAAGGAGUAUGCGAAACGCGAGGCGGAGAGCAAGCGCCAGUUCAUUGAGAACUGGAAGGCACAUGGUGGUGGGGGACUCGGUGGCGGCUUCACGCUCAGCACCCUGUUCACAGGUGGUGGUGCACGUGCGUCAAAGGUGCCCGAGACGUACCUUGAGGCGAAACGACGCGAGGCGCAGGCAUGGUACUUAGAAGAACAGAAAUACAUUCGCGACCACAGCGAGGAGUUCGACAGGCAGAAGAAGGCACAGGAGGAGGCCGCUCUCCGUGAGAUGUCUGGCAAUCUGUGGGGCACGCUCGGCACACUCGUAGGCGCCCAGCCUCCGCCCGCGGCUCCGGGUGCAGACGCUGCAGCCUCGGGACAAGCAGAGCCGGUAAAGGUAGAGAAGAGUUCGACAUGAGUGGGGGUGGGAUGGGUAUAUAUAGGUAUGAGGGAAGGGUGGUAGAGUAGUCAGCAUGCUUGGCAGUAGUCCGACGGCGAUGAAUUCUCCCAGCUCGCGCAGGGUUGGAGGCCAUAUAUGAGCUGUCCACAUAUAGAUCCACGAUUUGGGGUGACGUUUGUUUUUCUCCGCUUACUUUCUCUCGCAUAUGCUUUUGUCGGCAUCGAGAGUCUUGUGUAUUCAUAUUAUGAGUAUAAGACUCUCAAUCAACGUAUC